AUGGAAGUUAAUGAAGACAUUAAGAAGCUCAAAGUGGUGAAUGGUUUCAAUAGUCAACAUGUUUACAUGGAGAGUAAAGAAGUUGCUGAAAAGCUUGCUUCUCUAAGCCUCUCUAUCCCCUUAUCAAUGAAAUCUAUCUCAUCUCUCCUUGUAACUAUGAUAAUUUUACUAUCUUCAAAUCUGACUAGGAAUGCCAUUGGUUGUAAGGGGAUCCAACAGAUUACUGAUGCUGUUAUGUCUAAGAUCACAUCUGCAUCUCAACUUGUAGAUGAAUCUGGUCAGUCUCGGACAAUUGAUUUUUCAAUGAUUUACAUGGAUGAAGUGGGUGGGGUUAAGAAGGCAUGUAUAUAUGGUCUUGGUUCUCAAGCAACUUUCUAUGAGAACAUUGGUUCAUUAUCUGCUUCAACUGCUCAGCCUCAAGAUUGUGAUUUUGAUGCUCGGGUGAAGGAAUACGUUAAAGAAAUGAAGGAGGAGAUGAAGGAGGACAUAGCUGAUAGCAGAGGCAAAGACAGAGACCAAGGGAUGGAGGAAUAUUACAAUGGAGAUUCAUUUGGGAAAGUGAAAGAGCGCUUCAAAGAUCGAUCCAAGAAAACGAAGGAGAGAACGAAGCAGAUGUUGUCCAAACAAGCCGUUAAGAUCGCUCAACGUGCGGAGGAACAUGAACCAUUUAUUAACAAGGUGACUCAUCUCUUGGGAGUUCUUGGCUUUGGAGCAUUUUGCUUUAUUUUGGGUGCAAGGCCACAGGAUAUUCGAUAUGUUUACUGUUUCUUCUAUCUUACUUUUGUUCCUCUUCGAUGGAUCUACUACAGAUUCAAGAAAUGGCAUUACUAUCUUCUCGACUUUUGUUAUUAUGCAAACACAAUUUUCAUAAUCAUGCUUCUGGGUUUUCCUACUAAUGAGAGGUUUUUCAUGGUUUGUUUCUCGUUUGCAGAGGGUCCGCUAGCCUGGGCAUUGAUCGUUUGGCGCUGUAGCUUAGUUUUUAGUUCAGUUGAUAAAACUGUCAGUGUCUUCAUACAUCUUUUACCUGGGUUGGUUUUCUUCACAAUAUGGUGGUGGGAUCCUGUGUUUUUUGGAGCUAUGCAUCCAGAAGGGACUCCAGAAAGAGCAUCAUGGCCUUAUGUAGAAAACCAAUCGUACCUUUGGAAAUGGUUGUUUUUUGUUCCAUUAGCUGCUUACUUUUUCUGGCAAGUUCUCUAUUAUCUCAUUGUAGAGGUCCUACGUCGACAGAGACUCUUGCGAGACCCUGAAGUUAUGACUUCUUACAGGGAGCUCUCCAAGAAAGCGAAGAAAGCGAACAACAUGUGGUGGCGUUUAAGUGGUUUGCUUGGUGAUCAGAAUCGGUUGCUUAUGUUUAUUCUCCUCCAGGCUAUAUUUACCGUGGCAACUACCGCACUCACCGUGCCCAUAUUUCUAUCAUAUAAGUUGCAUGUGGUGUACCAAAUACUUAAGGUCUCAGCAUCUGUAUGGAACGGUGGAAAUUUUCUAUUAGAAGUGAUGCCAAGACAGGUGAUUCUCAAGGAGAAGAAGAAAUCCGAGACUCGUGAUGUUACAGAACAGCAACAUGAGAAUCCAUUGCAGGAGAAUUCCAUGGAAACACCCCAGUGA